UUGAACUACUUACUAACAACUAACAGUUUAACAAGGCGAAAAAAUUGUCUUGAAUUUUAAAUGAUUUGGUUUUCAAUUUCACGGAUUUUUUGUAACUGCGAGGUAUCUACUUCAUGUAGAACAUAUGCUACGUGCUUGCAAGCACUGACGUUAUGGCUGAGCUUUUGUCCCGCAAGAUUAUUACGAGAUCAACGUGGGAAUCCAGCUCCAGUCAACAGGAACUGGGAAACAUUGUUCGUGUUCACUCUUCUGCUGAUUUUGAUGGUGAACACAUAGACCUGGAGGAUUAUGCGGAUGGGAGCACGUGCUGUGAACUCGUUAAACCCAACGCCGAUGAGCGAUUUUGCGCGAUCAGUCUGGAAUGUCCUGCAGAGUUCUCUGUAAAAACUCUCGUUAUCAUUGUGGAUAGUUCAGUCAUCGAAGUUUUCGGACCAUCUGUUGGAUAUAUUCAGACAUCACGUGGUCAACUGCUGGACGAAUUCGAGGGUACAACUAUUCACGGACACACUAUAGAUCUAGUGUCCAGAGUGCUUCCGGCAAUCGAUUUACAGGUGUUCCCCCUGAAAUUGCAGUCUACAAUCACAUUUUUUGGUUUCCACAUUUAUGCAACCCGAACACAUCCGAUCACAGCUACGAUAUCUAAUGUGGGAAAACUUCCGUCCACAAUUUCGCCGGAGCAAAUAUUGCCUAUGCACGUGUUGUUUCAAAAAAUCGACAGUCUCAAACUGGACUUAUUAUCAAUGGAGGAAAGACUUAAAGCUCACAUUGAUAAAGAAGUCGCUGCUUUAAGAGCGGAGUUCUUACAGCGGCUGGAAAAAUAUUGCCAUACAGCGGAAGUGAAUGCAAAACCGGACUGAUUGGAUCAUUUCUUUGAUGUUCCUGAAUUUAUCAGUAUUCGGAUUGUAUAAACGACUGGAAAUCCUUUAUCUCGUCGAAGAUGGGUUUGGCAAGCGCGUCUGGCACUUUCCACAGCUGGACUCCGUUUUUGCCGCCAACUGCCAGAAGUUCCUCACUAUGAUAGAAAACACAUUUAAGGGGGAUGUUGUUGGAUUGAUUGUAUAUUUCUGUCGGGGUGGAGUUAGAUUGCUAAAUUUUAAACUGGCACUGAGUUUAUGCUUUUAGCACUGUACAGGAAUUUUUUAAUUGGGUCCAGAAUAUUCCAACACAUUUGUGUAUUGAAUUUUUUAAAGGAUUCUUGUUUUAAGGUACCUUUCUACUUACUCUUUAAUAUUAAAGGCUAAGCAGGAGAUUUCUUCCUGAUUUUCGGAUAUGGCAGCUUUUUUAACUGGGGCAGAUCUUCCAUUCAAAGAAAUAAAGUCGAAAA